UGAAAGUGUGUUGAACUCAAAGUCAUGCUGGAAGUGCAUCAGGUAGAGGUAGCAGCAAUCUCUGGGUAGCAUUUGACGAUAUUGAAGUCACAUACCUUUGUCAAGCAGUGGCACGGAGCUAAUAAAGAGGGUAUGUUAGAGGAAAUGGUUGUUUUGAAUAACUGAAGAAAGGACAGGGAGUUAUUAAACAUUUGCAUUUACAACAGCUUCUGCAGGAGACUGGAAUUGCAGAGACAAACAAGAGCUCUGUUUUCAGAAGAGUCUGGGAGCGUUGAAUCAAACUGGAGUUUCAAUUCAUCAAGAAACAGUGGAAUAUUUCACCACCGCAGCUCAGUGGUUAGAGUCCUGUGUGGAUUCUAACACCCUGUUUGUUGAGGAAGGAUCUGCUACACAUUCACUGUCUCCACCUGGGAGCUUGGACUGCCGUAUACGGAGAGUAAUAUAUAGCCUAUGUAAAACUGGAGAUAUGGCAAAUAGCUCCAUCGAAAGUUAUGUGCAGCUGUUCCAGAUAACCGUGUACAUUCCCACAUUUGUCCUGGGAUUGCUGUUCAAUGUGAUGGCUUUGUGGUUUGCCUUUUGUAAGAUCAGGAAGCUGACAGAAUCAAUAAUCUACCUGGUGUCACUUAUUACUCUGGAUACCUUACUGCUGUUUACCCUUCCUUUUAAAAUCAUUUCCUAUGGUUCCCAGAACAAAUGGAACUUGGGGUUUGCAUUCUGCUCAUUCCUGGAAAGUCUCUAUUUUGCGAACAUGUAUGGGAGCAUUCUCAUCUCUGCAUGUAUAUGUGUGGACAGAUAUAUCGCCAUCCGACAUCCAUUCUUAGCCAUUUCCCUGAGAUCCACCAAGAAAGCUGCUAUGGUCUGUUCCAUCAUCUGUGUGGGUGUCUGGGCUGGAACUUCUUUUACUUACCAAUUCUAUGAUAACACACCCACGACGUGCUUCUAUGGCUUCUCUAAUAAAAUAUGGCAAAACCCAGCUGUGCUUGUCAUCUUGGAGACUGCAUUUUUUGGCAGCCUGAUAGCAAUGAUCUUCUGCACAGUUCAGAUCAUCAUAUGCUUGAAACGGAGCAGAAGGCCAGACGAUCCCCUUACUGACACAAGUAAAUCAGUGAAGAUAGUCAUGGCAAACCUAGCCACAUUUGUCGUCUGUUUCACCCCUUUCCAUGUGAUGUUCUUCUUGUAUUAUUUGGUAAAAAAAGGGGUCAUCACAAGCAAUCUUCAGCAAAUCAUACGCUCUUUUGUUCAGAUCAGCCUCUGCUGGGCUAACCUCAACUGCUGCUUGGACGCAAUUUGCUAUUAUUUUGUCCUUAAGGAGUUUUUGAAAUCCCCACCUCAGGAGACCAAGAUAACAACCAACGUUAGUUAAUCAAAGUGCUGU